AAGAUGGCCGACGAGGUGUCCUCCAGUUCUCCAGCUGUCCCGGUAUGCGCGUUCCUCUUCAGGAAAUCGGGACGAAAAGGCUCCGCAGGCCGCCGGAAACGGCCCGCCUUUGACAAGCAGCACGAAGGCCAAGACAGCAGCAGCAGCAGCAGCAGCGACGAGGGCAACGUCGUCGUCCGCCGAGAGAAGAGGCGCCUGGUCCCCAACCCCAUGAUCCAGAGGACUCGCGGCAGCUGCCGAGAGAGGAAGGCGCCCACCUCGUACAGCGGAGCCAGCAGCGGCGGCGACGAUGAGAGCGAAUCUUCGUCGGCCGUGAGUGUCGUUUACAAGUCCACACGGUCCGCCAAGCCAGUGGGCCCCGAGGACAUGGGCGCCACGGCAGUGUACGAACUGGACACGGAGAAGGAGCACGAUGCGCAGGCCAUCUUCGAGCGCAGCCAGAAGAUCCAAGAGGAGCUGCGUGGGAAAGAGGACGACAAAAUCUACCGGGGCAUCAACAACUACCACAGAUACGUCAAACCUAAGGACACUUCCAUGGGCAACGCCUCGUCCGGCAUGGUAAGAAAAGGGCCCAUCCGCGCCCCGGAACAUCUUCGUGCUACUGUGCGCUGGGACUACCAACCCGACAUCUGCAAGGAUUACAAGGAGACCGGCUUCUGCGGCUUCGGGGACAGCUGCAAAUUCCUCCACGAUCGCUCGGACUACAAGCAUGGCUGGCAGAUCGAGCGCGAGCUGGACGAGGGUCGCUACGGGGGCAUCGACGAGGACAACUACGAGGUGAGCAGCGACGACGAGGACCUGCCUUUCAAAUGCUUCAUCUGUCGCCAGUCCUUCUGCAACCCCGUGGUGACCAAGUGCAAGCAUUACUUCUGCGAGAGCUGUGCCCUCACCCACUUCCGCACUUCGCAGCGCUGCUACGUCUGUGACCAGCAAACCAAUGGCGUUUUCAACCCAGCCAAGGACCUGAUAGCCAAGCUAGAGAAACACCAGGCAGAAGCCAGAGUGGGCACUUCUGACCCAUUAGAUAGCUCAGAUGAAGGUGUAACCCCCAUUACUUAAACCUAGUGCAUGGUAACAAUAAAUCUCUCUCUU